AUGGCUCCCACCCAGAACAGCUUCUGGCAGUUUCAAAGGAUGGUCAAACACAUCACAGGGCGGAGUGCCUUCUUCUCCUAUUAUGGAUACGGCUGCUACUGUGGACUUGGAGGCAAAGGGACCCCUGUGGAUGACACUGACAGAUGCUGCCUGGCACAUGACUGUUGCUAUGAGAAGCUGAAACAGCUCGGCUGCCAGCCCGUGUUGAACAGCUACCAGUUCCACAUCGUCAACGGCACUGUGGCCUGCGGAUGUGCCGUGGGUCCUGGUGUUGGCUGCCUCUGUGGGCUGAGGGCCUGCGAAUGUGACAAGCAAUCCGUGUACUGCUUCAAAGAGAGCCUGCCCACCUAUGAGAAAAACUUCAAGCAGUUCUUCUCCAGCCGGCCCCGAUGUGGCAGACGCAAGCUCCAGUGCUAGAGAGGCACAGGGUCUUCCUUGACAUUCAGCAUCUGCUCCAGUGUCACUCUUCCAGGAAGCCUUCCAGAUCAUCCCCAACAGGCUCGUCCUCCUCCCAGGAGGGAGAACAAAAUGUUUCCCCCAAGGAAGCAGCUCACCCUGCAGCAUUCUGGCCCAGGGUCCUCCUUGUCGUUCAGCACCUGGGGGCUGGAGAUCAGCAAUGAAACAGACAAAAUCCCUGCCUUGAAGGAGCUUGUGUUUAUUCUAG